GCACGCGAUAGCGGCUGCUACCUAGCUGAAUUAGGCGGGUACUGUACCCCGAAGAAUGGCGGGGUAGGCGCCAGUCACAGAGCUGCUUUCACCUGUAAUGUCGGGCGGUCAGAGCUUCCUUUUAGCGGUCGUCACUUCUGCCUUCCCAACCUCGAAUUGCAUUGUGCCAGUAAUAUAGAGCUACCCAGUACCUACCUAUUAUACCUACCUGCCUAUUCAUAAUCUUAUCAAUUCUCUUUUAUCCAACCUAUCACCACGACGUCAAGGGAUUUAGUCGGGACCAUCGCCUGUGCUGCCUGUUCCGAAUUUGACUCAUAAUCAUGGCGUCCCAGGCAGACUACAAGGACAGGCAAUUCCUAGCCGUCAUUGGCGACGAGGACUCAGUAACAGGUCUGCUACUAGCAGGAAUAGGCCAUGUCACAAACCCACCGGACUCGCAGAAGAACUUCCUAGUCGUCGAUAACAAGACCGAAACCGCAGCCAUCGAGGCCGCAUUCGAAUCCUUCACGACGCAACGCAAGGACAUCGGCAUCGUAUUAAUCAACCAACACGUUGCCGACAAGAUCCGAUACAGAAUCGAUACCUACACAGCUGCUUUCCCUACUAUACUCGAGAUCCCUAGCAAAGAGCACCCGUACGACCCAGAGAAGGACAGCGUAUUGAGGAGGGUGCGACGACUAUUUGGAGAGUAAAUGCAUUAUUCCAUCGGUUUUACAGCAGCAUAGAGUAUUCUCGGUCAACGAUUAUGAUAAGAGCAGGACUGUAUCAUAUCCAAGCAUCAGGGGUUUUCACAAGUGUUCAAACAAACAGCAACAAAUAUGUCGAGUCAGGAUUCAAGAG